UUCUCAGUUCAUGCUGAACAGAUCAAUGUUUGCAGCCAUGAUGCGUCACACCGUAAUUCUUAUUCUGCUUUUCAAAAUUUCAUUUGGACUCCACCAUCAUUUUGUUGUGAAUCCUCUAGAGACUUUAAUUACAGAGCUCAAUAAUGGAGAUAAAUGUAUAUAUAUGAGUGAUGCGACAACUUUUCAAAAUGUUUCCUCUGUCGCUACGUUUGUAAAUACAUUUGUGGAUGCUGUCAAUUCCUCAAAGUUGCUGACUUCACUCUUCAACAUCACGAACGCCAAACCUGAACAAUACAGCCAGUUCAAAUACAGAUUUAUUGCUGACGUAUUUCGGAGCCGUUUCGACGAUGCCAAUGAAAUCGCAGCCACUGCUGUCCGUCCAAUAGCCAAAUAUUUUGAUGUCCUUCCUUUGCCAGCAAUGAUCAGAGUUUAUUCCAAUUUCUUGGCCGACUUCUUUUUUGCAGAAGAAAUGCUCACUACCCGUAAUGCAAAAUCACUAGCUCAGAAGUACAUUAAUUCGAUGGAAAAAAUCGCCAAACAUUACAAAAUAAAUAAAUUUGAUUCGGAUUGCGAUCGCAAAUUUCAAGCUAUUGGCGAUGGAACUCGCAAUUUCUUCUUUUCUUUAGUGGAACCAUCACUUUCAGAAACAUGGGAGUUAGCUCUCUACUACGCGCAUGAAUGGUUGUUGGCUGCUCUUGACUAUGGAGAUCUGAAAGAUUUAACUUUUAAAAAAAGAGGAUAUUUGUAAAAAAAGUAAAUGUUAAGAAAUUUUUGUUUCGCAUAAUUUUUUCAUAAUAAUAAAUCGAUAAAAAUGAUGCAAAUGUUUCGAUUAAAAUAAAUUUCCCAACACUUUUCUAGGUACAAUUCGGUUUUAACGGUGAUCAAAAAGAGCGAAGAAAAAAUGUCCCCAAAUUAUAAAAAUAUACUCAAGUGCAUAAACCAUAUGCUGAAUAAUUGACGAUUGAAAUCGCCGAAUUGGCGAAAAGUUUUCUUGGCGCUUUUUGAUUGACUUUACAACCGAUAAGUACCCUUUUCUAAUGAAUGGAAGUUGUAUGCAUGGUUGAACUAACGGGAGUGGUCUCAUGAAAAUUUCUGUAAUACUCUACAAUAAAUAUAUUGUAUUAUAUUGAUAAAUGCAUGUUAUCUGUAAACAAUACUUACGAAUGUACUUAUUAGAGUGAGGUAGCUGGCGAUUUUUUUUCUGAAUUAAUCGGCAGGAUGUUAAUAAAUGUGUAUUUUUGACACCUAUUUUACAACCAAUAAAUCUCAAAUUUGAACCAAAAUUACAAUCGUGGUCACAAAAUCAUAUUCAAAAUUACAUAUAUUAAAGUUACUACAUUUUUUGAGUUAUUGUAUUUGCAUAGGUUUGGAAAUAAAGAAAACUUCCGACUCGCUCGCUUCUUCGCCUUCUCCUCGCUUCUUCUCCUCCGCUCGCUUCUUCUCCGACACUCGCUUCUUCACCUUAGAUGUUAAAUCUGUUUACCAAAUUUUAUCUAUUUAAUACUCUUUGUUAACAAAAGAUUUUUCCACAUUUGGAACAUCCAGUAAACAAGGAAAAAUUUUUUAAAAUAAACAAA